UAAUCCAUUUACAUCUUAUAUACAGUUUAGAUCACAUAAAAGAUCAUAUAAAAAAGCCGGUGGAAAUAUACAUUUCAAGUCUGACGUUUGUCUUAUAUUAGUUUUAGUAUUUUUUCAAUAUUUUAGAUAUUAGAAUUAAUUGCCGAUGUGUUUAUAAAUAAAAACAAUGAGUUUGCAGUGGACUUUAGUUGCUGUAUUUCUUUAUAUUGAAAUUGCAGUAGUAUUAUUAUUGGUUUUGCCAAUAAUUUCUGCAUCAAGAUGGCAAAAGUUUUUUAAAUCUAAAUUUUUAAAAAGAUUAAGUAAUCAAGCAUCAAUUUAUUUUUUAAUUUUAAUUGGAAUCUUAGUUUUGUUUUUAUUAGAUGCCAUUAGAGAAAUACGAAAAUAUUCUAUGAUUGAUGAACAUAAAGAACAUCAUUUAGAUGCUGAAAUGCAAGGUAAUAUGAGAUUAUUCAGAGCAGAACGAAAUUUUUAUAUAUCUGGUUUUGCAUUGUUUUUAUGUCUUGUUAUACAACGACUUGUGAUUUUAAUUUCUAAACAAGCUACUUUAUUAGCACAAAAUGAAGCAGCUAUACGACAAGCACAAUCUGCAACUACAACAGCAAAGCAAUUAUUGUCACAAAAAACAGAAAGUACACAGAAUGAUUUAAAUGAAGUUCACAAUGAAGAGAUAACAGAAUGGAAAAAUCAAAUUAAAGACUUACAAACAAAAAAUAGAGAAUUGGAAGAUCAGCUUAUAAAAGAAAAGAAAGAUAAAGAAGCUAUGAAAUCUCAAGCGGAAUCUCUUGCUAAAGAAUAUGAUCGCUUAAAUGAUGAAUAUAAUAAUCAUCUUCAAUCAAAUGGUCAUAAGAAAAGUGAUUAAAUAUUUUAUUCUGUUA